AUGUUACUUUGGGAAAUUGCGGAAUUAAAAGUUCCCUUUGAAAAUGAAACGGAUAUUAGUCACAUUCGUAAUUUGGUGGUUAAAAGAAAUUAUCGCGAAAAAUUCACUCCAGGUAUUGUACCCCAGGCUUGGACAGAUUUGGUUUCCAGUAAUUCAAAUGGUGUACUACAUCAAGAUCCUUUCAUGAGACCUUCAUUCACAGAGAUAUUUUUAAUAAUUAAACAAAUUCUUAAAGAUAAUCAAGAAAGAAAUACUCCUUCAUCAUUAAAAGAUGAUGAAACUAUCAAAAAUGAAAAAACGAAUAAAGUUGAAGAAGCCAUCACCGAAACGAAAAAAUCAAAUGGUGGGGAUAAACUUAAUGCUUGGAAAUGUUUCGAAGUUUAUGCGGAAUUAGGAGAUAUUAAAGCGAAAUAUUGGAAAGGUUACUUUCUUUAUUAUGACAUUUUGAAAUGGCCCGAAGAGGAAAAAGAAAAAAAUAAAAAAAUCGCGGCACAAUUAUUUAAGGAGGCAGCAUCUGAUGAAGGGGACAUGGCAGAAGCUCAAUUAAGAUAUGGAUUUUGUUUAUUUAAAGGGGAAGGAGUUCAAAAAGAUCAAGUUCAAGCUGCAAAAUAUUUCAUGAGAUCCGCUAACAAUGGGAAUCCUACCGCUAUGUAUAAUAUUGGGAAUAUCUAUUAUCAUGGAUAUGGAAUUCCGAAAAAUUUGGAAGAGGGUGAAAGAUAUUUAAGAUUAGCUGCUUAUAAUCAACAAAAGAAAGCUGUUGAAUUAUGUCGAAAUACUGGAGUUGGUGAUUAUGAUACUUGUUGUUGUGGACAAUUUGAAAACAAUAUAGAAGACUUUGAGAUUGAGCAAGUAAUAUUUCUGAAAGGUAAAUUCAUUGCCCAUGAAGGCUGGUAUUCAGUUAUUGCUACUUCAAUUAAAGUACUUCAUAAAAUGAAUUUUGAUACAAUGCCUGCAAUUAGAAUCAAUGUGGUAUUAACUGGAGUUACAACACAAACAGUAAGAAAUGAAAAUGAUUAUUCUGUUUUAGAUUUUAACAUUGAUGAGUAUUUAGGUAAUUUAGAACCAAAAAACUUUUGGUUAGAAGUAAAACAUGAAGCCAAUAAUUGA